GUAAAAAGAACAUACUCUCAUGGUACGUAUAGAGCUGGCCCAAUGAGACAGAUCAGCCUGGUUGGAGCAGUUGAUGAGGAAGUGGGAGAUUACUUCCCUGAAUUCCUUGAUAUGUUGGAAGAAUCGCCCUUCUUAAAAUGUACACUGCCAUGGGGAACACUUUCUAGUUUAAAAUUAGAGAGUCGUAAAGACAGUGAUGAUGGUCCCAUUAUGUGGGUACGUCCAGGAGAACAAAUGAUCCCCGUGGCUGACAUGCCAAAGUCACCUUUCAAAAGGAAGAGAACUACCAAUGAAAUAAAAAACUUGCAGUACCUACCUCGAACCAGUGAACCCCGUGAAAUGCUAUUUGAAGACCGGACACGAGCCCAUGCAGAUCACAUAGGACAAGGUUUUGAACGACAGACUACAGCUGCUGUGGGAGUGUUGAAGGCUGUGCACUGUGGGGAGUGGUCUGAGCAGCCUCGUAUAACCAAAGAUGUAAUUUGUUUUCAUGCUGAAGACUUCUUGGAGGUAGUUCAGAGAAUGCAGUUAGACUUGCAUGAGCCUCCACUCUCACAGUGUGUCCAGUGGGUUGAUGAUGCAAAACUUAAUCAACUGCGAAGGGAAGGGAUUCGAUAUGCCAGAAUUCAGUUAUUUGAUAACGACAUUUAUUUUAUCCCAAGGAAUGUUGUGCACCAGUUCAAAACAGUUUCAGCUGUGUGCAGUUUGGCUUGGCACAUCCGGCUCAAGCUAUAUCAUUCAGAGGAAGAACCUUCUCAAAAUACAAGUACUGUUGAAGCAGGGACUUCUGCAGACCCCAAGUCUUCAGUUAUUGGACUUCAGAGUGACAACAGAAUUUGUACAAUAAGCAAAAAUACCUCUGAAGACACCAAAUUUUCAGAUGCUCUGCAGACGAAGUAUCUGCAGCAAGAAUUUAUGCCGAUAAAACAUGAACCUAUUGCAUCUCACCGAAUAAAAGAAGAACCAAUGAAUGUUGAUCUAUCUGAAAAGACAGUGGCACCUAAUGACGUCGGGGGCCAGAAUGUUCAGACUAGAUUGGAUCAUGUUGAAUUGACGGCAUUUAAGUUGGAAAUGGAUUCUAAAUUUGAACCUGGCAGCAAGGACUUACAAGGCAAGUUAUGCCCUGGAGGUCACGUACAUCCAGAUGAUACAAGACAACGUAGUUCAUCAUAUCCAAAACUGCAUGGACAAAGAGAGGAUGAUUUUUUGUGCUAAAUUUGUAUAUAUGGUUUUAAAUUCCUUUUUAAACUUAAUGAUGUAAUAAUUCAUAAAUUCUGUGAGGCAAGUUUGUGACUUGCCUUCGCAUCUGUUACAGAAAAUAAUUAUGUAGCUUUGUAACAUUCCUCAGUGCCUGUCCAUAACUGUGAAGUAUCAAAGCACUUAGGGCCAGAUGCACUGUAAACACUGCAGGUUUAACAUAAAGAAGUCUAAAUAAUUUUGAGUUGUAGGUUUUAGAGUAGAGCUGACAUUUAACAUAUAUAUUUUUUGUAAGAUGAGCCAGAAUUCUUUUUGACAAUUCCAGGCUUUUCCAUAGAGCUUAUUUAUACCAAUUUUUUCAUUUUAAAUGUGUCAGCACUGUAGUGUAAAUAUCUUUUUUAAAAAUCUUUUUAGUGUGAUUUAUACUGAAAUGUGAGCCGCUUAAUAAAGGUUCAUAAUAACAGAUUGGUUUUAUUUUUGGGUCUGCAAAAAAAUAAUUCAGUUUAACUGCCUCUCUAAAUGGUUAUGUUUCUACCUGCACUAAUGCAUAGGAUGCCCU